CUAUCUUAUCGUAUCUUGAAUUCAUCCUUACCUUUUUCUUUCCUUAGCAUCUGAAUAUGUAUCGAUGCGAGAGCCCGCUGCCAAACCGGACGGCAGCAGCGCACAAUAUGAGCGUCAUGAUCUGGCGAUAGUAUAGCUCGCUAGCUAAUACAUCUAAUACUCCCUCUUAUAAAUUAUAAACUAAAUACCUAACUGCCAUUCCACCAUCAUGGCGCCAACUUCUACUUCGACCUCAAAGGCCGCGCCCACCGGCAACCCAGCGCCCGACUUCACCGUCACCAUGAACCGCAUCCAGACGCAGCUCGAAGCGCGCAUGAAAGCCGCCCGCGCAUUCCUCCCCUCGCGCUCCGAUCUCAACAACGCCUCCUCCUCCUCCGGCAGUGGUUCCUUCUCUGCGCUCGGCGGCAGCUCCAGUUCCUCCAACCCCCAAACCCAAUCUCGCGAUGCGGCAGCCAGACGCGCCGCCGAAGAAGCCGAGUUUGCCGAGGAGCGCGGUCUCGAUCCGAACGCGGGUAUAGGGCUAACUCGCAGUCCCGCGACUGGGAACGAGAACAACGGCGGGACAGACCGGGACACAGCUAGGCUGCGCGGACGACUGUUAGGAAAGCGAGGGAGAAACGGCGCGGGUACCGAUGGACAGCAGAAAUGGGUGCGCAAGGAAGACAGCAGCGACGAGGAGGCGGGGCGGAGCGGGCUCGGGCGAGCCAAGAAGAACGGGAAGAGGUCACGAGCGGAGAUGGAGACGCAGGAGAGUAGUGACCCUGUCGAGUCAACUAUACCCUCAGAGCCUAAGAGGCAAGGGGCUGAUACAAACAGUAUCAAAGCGCAGGUUAGCCACGCCAACGGUCCCAGGGACGGAACGGGAAACCCGGUUGCCGAGCCCGCAGCAGCUCCCAAAAUUGAGUCCAAUCAAUCCCCAUCGGCAGAAAGCCCGCAGAAAAAGCGCAAGAGGAAAAAGAAAAAGAAGGCAAGGGAUGGAACUGGAACUGGUGGGGAGUAGGUCAAUAAGAUUGGAUCGUCCCUGUGGCUGUCCCUUAAAAUGACGGGAGUCUGCAAUUGGGACUUCUAAGCCAACCAUUUAAUUCCGAAUAGACUUACUAGGAACUCCCUAGUAGGGAGUCUUCGAAAUGUGAUAGAUCAUACAAUCAACAAUCAAGUUUCUAAGGAACUACUGCGG